AUGGUCCCCAAAAGCCUUCUGGCCAUUCUGGCUGCUGCCCUCGCAGUGCAGGGAAGCCCCAUGGAGAAGCGCAAAGUCGUGAAUCAUGACUCUAUCACCCCAUUCCCCGAGACCGUCCCUGAUACCCCCACCGGAAACACGUAUAAGAAGUUCGAGCCGUAUCUACACAUUGCACACGGCUGUCAAUCCUACCCGGCCGUCGCCGACAACGGUGAUGUGAGUGGAGGGCUUCAAGACACUGGUAGCGCCACGGGAGGUUGCCGUGACCAAAGCAAAGCGCAGACCUACGUGCGCGGUGGCUGGCACAAUGGGCGCUACGGUAUCAUGUACGCAUGGUAUAUGCCAAAGGACAUGCCCAACAGUGGAGUAUCAGCGGGUGCGCACCGCCACGACUGGGAGAAUGUUGUUAUCUGGGUCAACAACCCAGCCAACGAUAACCCAACCUUGCUGGGAGGUGCAGCAUCGGGUCACGGCAGCUACAAGAAGACGGACAACCCACCGCGAGAGGGCGAUAGACCUAAGGUGGAAUACUUUACCAGCUUCCCAACCAACCAUGAGCUGCAGUUCACUAAUACGCUUGGACGCGAUCUACCACUCAUUGCCUGGGAGUCUCUUCCCGAGGCCGCAAGGCAGGGAUUGGAAAGUGCCGAGUUUGGCAAGGCCACUGUCCCAUUCAAGGACUCAACUUUCCAGGGAAAUCUUGAGAAGGCUGCUCUGUAG